AUGAUAGAUAUAAGAAAUUUGAAUUAAAGAAAUUUGGAAGGCAAAAGGGAUUAUCAGUGGUAUUCAUAUGGUUUCUUUAACAUUUAUGACUUGUAAUCAAAAACUUUAAAGCAAAUUGAUCUUAGUUAUAUAUUAUAAUAAAAUUAAGAAUAAGAAGAAUAUUUAGAGAAUGUGUCUUACUAUGGUAUUGCUAAGCUCUCUAGUGGAGAGAUUUUAUUUAAUUCAGUCAUUUAGAUAGAUGCAUGUUUCUAUUUAAAAUUUAUGAAAACUGCUAAUUAAAAUCUAUUAAGCUAUUCUCAAAUAAUUAUUUAGUUAGAAAUAGGAAAUAAAUUUACUCUAAUUCCUUGUGUAAGUAGAGGAGCCGAAUGGCCGAGAUGCUAUUCAUUUGUUAAUUAGCUAGUAAGAAUAAAAAAGUGA